AUGUUGAGGGAGACGCAAGUUUUGGAAAUAGGCUUGCUAACACUACUCUGCGCCUGCUUCCUUUCUAUAUGUGUUGCUAAUGAUCAACAGCAGCACCAGACAUGCAAGCCAUCUUCAUGCGGAGGUGACCCAUCAGGCUGUGGUGACCCAAAGUAUGAAUUGAUUUGUGAGAACAAUCUGACCGUGUUCAAGCAGGGCGGUAAGAGAUACUUUGUGGCUGAGAUCAACUACCACAACCAUACCAUUCGGAUGCUGGAUCCUGGCCAAAAGAAGGGAGACUGUUUCUCCACUCCUCUCUAUUCCUCCUUCUCCAUGCCGUCCUGUUGGUCCUUCUCGAAUAUGCUACAUAAUUUCGAUCCAUAUCCAGAUUAUAAAGAUCCAUAUUAUUGCCCUAAUGAAUGGGAACGCAAUACAAUAGUUUUGUUAAGCUGUGAAAGGCCAAUCAGUGAUCAAAACUACAUUCCCAUUAUUCUUUGCAACAUUUCCUCUUCCUCACGGACAUAUGCUUAUGUGCUAGCAGGAAAGUCUCUGGAGGUGGGAAUUAUUCGGGAAUCAUGCACUAUCGCCUUGACUUUUGUUGCUCAAUCAGAGCUCAACAGUUAUUCAAUCUGA